CCUGCCCUCUGCCCGGGCUUUCGCAGUGUCAGUCCUUGCUCCAAGCCAAGGCACGGCGGGAUGAUGCGGGUCUGCAGCCCCGCAGUGCCGAGCCAGCGGCAGGAAAAUCUCCUGCCCGGCCACCAGCGCCCCGGCCUCGUUGGCCUUGGCGGGAUGCUGCGCUCGGGAUGUCCCCGCGUCCCCCGCGGGCUCAGGCGCUCCCAGCGCUCCGGAGCUGAUGGAGCCGCCGGGGCCGGAGCCGGGCUCUGCCCUCCCGGCGGAGCACGAGGAGCAGCAGCGGAGACUGUCGCGUCCUGGGACCGCGGGAGGGGACAGUCCUGCGGACGUGCCACUCCGGCUGGCCGCGACUUUGGACAGCGCAGCGACACCUCGAGCUGGGAGAACCUCCGGGGUGCGAACCCUCCCCGGGCUGCGGGGGCACCCAGGGACGCUGCGGAGACUCCGACCAUCCGACACCCCCUUCCCGGAUCCCGGGGCCGCUCUGCGGGGCUCGGUGGGGACCCUCCUCUCUGUGGGACGGCACGGCCGGAUCCCCCCCCCCGCCCGGACAGGGACCCACUCGGGUAAACAAGGCAAGGCGGGCUCAGUGCUGGCAGUGGGGGUCACAGGCCAUGGAGCCGAGCCAGGAGGGUGCCUGAAGCUGCCAGAAGGAGCGUGAGGGGGUGGGGGAUAUGGAGCCCCCCAACAGCAGCGUGGCUGGGCCGGCACACUCGUGCUUCGGGGUGUUCAACGCCAGCGACGGCCGCGCCAACGCGCGGAACAGCAUCGCCUCGCCCUGGUUCUCCACGGCCUUCGGCCUCAUCGGCCUCUGCUCCAACCUCUUCGCCCUCUGCGUCCUGCUCAGCUCCUCCCGCAAGCUCUCCAGCCACGCCCGCUCCUCCUUCCUCGUCUUCCUCUGCGGGCUGGUGGUCACGGACUUCAUGGGGCUGCUGGUGACAGCCUCGGUCAUCAUCCCCUACCACUUCAUCAAGUUCCCCUGGGCCGAGGUGGACCCCGACUGCCACCUCUGCAACUUCCUCGGCUUCUCCAUGGUGUUCUUCGGGCAGUGCCCGCUGCUGCUGGGGGCCACCAUGGCCGGGGAGCGGUUCCUGGGCAUCAACCGCCCCUUCUCCCGCUCCACCAGCAUCUCCAAGCGCCGUGCCUGGGCCAUGGUGGGGCUGGUGUGGGGCUUCUCCUGCCUGCUGGGGCUGCUGCCGGUGCUGGGGCUGGGCCGGUACACACUGCAGUUCCCCGGCUCCUGGUGCUUCCUCACCCUCCUGCCCGACACCGGCGACAUCAUCUUCUGCCUGCUCUUCGCUCUGCUGGGCAUCCUGUCGGUGCUGCUCUCCUUCGUCCUCAACACCAUCAGUGUGGUCACGCUCUGCCGCGUCUACCACGACCGCGAGUCGGUGCAGCGGCGCCGCGACAGCGAGGUGGAGAUGAUGGUGCAGCUCGUGGGCAUCAUGAUCAUCGCAACCAUCUGCUGGAUGCCCCUCCUGAUCUUCAUCGUGCAGACGGCGCUGCAGCGCCUGCCCGGCGGGCGGGCAGAGGAGCUGCCCACGGACACGCAGGAGAUGCUGCUGAUCUACAUCCGCAUGGUCACCUGGAACCAGAUCCUGGACCCCUGGGUGUACAUCCUGUUCCGGCGGGCGGUGCUGCACCGCGUGUACCCCCGGCUGCGCCCCCGGCCCUCCAUCGUGUCCCUCACCCCCUCCCUGCGCCGCAAGCUCACCGCCGGCUCCGUCCUGCAGUAGCGCCCCCGGGAUGGGGGGACACGGCCGAGCCCCCAUCCCGUCCCCUCCGUGCGUCCCCAUCACCUGCAUCCAGGGGCUCUCCCUGCCCCCCCCGAGCCCUGGCAGGGGGCACAGGGCCGCUCCCCCCUCCCCGUCCCCAAUAAAGCACAGCUCGUGCAGCUCUCGGUGCU